AUGGCAUUCUCACAAUUAACCAUUUCCAUCUUUGUAAUUCUGUCUGUUGCCCUUUUCGUGCAAAUGGGGGCUGGAGACGAUCCUCUCAAGCGUAUUGGAGCUGACUGCAGAAAUUCUAACCACUUUCCUGCCAGGAGUAAAUACCACAAGAACUUGAGCAUUCUCUUGAAUGAUCUUCAGAAUAAAACUCCUGAUACAGGGUUCGCUCUUGAAUUCGUGGGCGAGCCGAAAACUGGUCGCGGGGUAUACGGCCGAUCUUUCUGUCGUGGUGAUAUUUCAAGAACAGAAUGCAAAGCCUGUGUUGGGGCUGUAAUUGCAAGGAUUCUCGAAAAGUGUCCAUUAAAGAAAGGCGCGGUUGGUCUCUCUGAAAUUUGUUCGCUGAUUUACUCGCACAGAGAUAUCUUCCACAAAUACAUAGUUGACACGUACUACAUUUCUAGAGGUCGGAAUAUAAGCAUCUCCGCACCAGUAGAAACUAUAACCAAGUUUGUGAACAAUCUAACAGAUAAGGCUAUUGCAACCAAAACGUUCUUUGCUACAGGAGACGUUAAGCUUGCAGAUGAAUCAGGGAAUACAAUCUAUGGACUGGUUCAGUGUGCCUUGGACCUUUCUCCAGCUGAUUGCGAGAGUUGCAUUGCUGGGAUGUUGGAACGGAUCCCUGAUUUUACUCCCAGGGGAGGUCGAUUCGUCAGUGCAGCUUGCACUCUGCAGUACGAGUUUUAUCAGUUCUUCAUUGCUUAA